AUGCCUGCCCUAUCGAAGCUCACCGCACGGAACCCGCUCGCCAUGCGCGACGGCCUCACAGAGGACGAUGACGGCAACACCAACGUCAUCAACCUCUUGAUUAUCAUCCUGGCUGUCGUGGUCGUCUUCGGCCUGCUCCUCGGCGGAGUCCUGUUCGUUCUCCGACGAAUGCGAAACAAGCAGCAGAGAGUGCGCAAGGACUCCCUACCCCAGUACAACGACGUCGUGCAAGACGCGAAGCGCAACAGUAACCACCGCCGUCUGACCAUCGAGACCAGAAACGGCCAUUCUAGUGUGCUGGUCUUCAACAAGGACGGCCAGCCGAUGCUGUCAAACCCCAGCCAGCCCCCUCACUCGCCCGACAACGUCCCCGAGAUUCACAUCACCUUCCCUGAGGAGGAGGACGACAGCGGCCGUCGCAAGAGUGGUCGCGUCCUCGUCGUGCGCGUUGGCGAUAAUGCUACCGUCGGCAUGGAGCCUCUGGAUGAGGAGCAGCUCCCCGCCUACGAGAAGGAGAGCAAACACCAGUUCUAUUCCAUUGACAUGGACGACAUUGGAGGCCUGAGGGAGAAGCAGCGCGAGGACUACCACUAG